CUCGCCGCGGACCCAAGAUGGCGGCGUGUGGACGUGUACGGAGGAUGUUCCGCUUGUCGGCGGCGCUGCAGCUGCUGCUGCUAGCGGCGGCCGGGGCCGAGAAACUCGCUGGCCCGGGCGGCCACAACCAAGGCCAGGGCCUGGCGGCCAACUUUGUGCCUUUCGUAGGGCAGGCUGCAGGCGGCGGCCCGGCGGGGCAGCAACUGCCCCAGUUGCCUCAGUCAUCGCAGCUCCAGCAGCAGCAGCAGCAACAGCAGCAGCAACAGCAGCAGCAGCAGCAGCAGCAGCAGCAGCAGCAGCAGCAGCCUCAGCCGCCGCAGCCUCCUUUCCCCGCGGGUGGGCCUCCAGCCCGCCGGGGCGGAGCGGGGCCCGGCGGGCCUGGCGGGGGCUGGAAACUGGCGGAGGAAGAGUCCUGCAGGGAGGAUGUGACCCGAGUGUGCCCCAAGCACACCUGGAGCAACAACCUGGCGGUGCUUGAAUGCCUGCAGGACGUGAGGGAGCCUGAAAAUGAAAUUUCUUCAGACUGCAAUCAUUUAUUGUGGAAUUACAAGCUGAACCUGACUACCGAUCCCAAGUUUGAAUCUGUGGCCAGAGAGGUUUGCAAGUCAACCAUAUCAGAGAUUAAAGAAUGUGCGGAUGAACCAGUUGGAAAAGGUUACAUGGUUUCCUGCUUGGUGGAUCACCGAGGCAACAUCACUGAGUACCAGUGUCACCAAUACAUUACCAAGAUGACAGCCAUCAUUUUUAGUGAUUACCGUUUAAUCUGCGGUUUUAUGGAUGACUGCAAAAAUGACAUCAACAUUCUGAAAUGUGGCAGCAUUCGACUUGGUGAAAAGGACGCACAUUCACAAGGUGAGGUGGUAUCGUGCUUGGAGAAAGGCCUGGUGAAGGAAGCAGAAGAAAAGGAACCCAAGAUUCAAGUCUCUGAACUCUGCAAGAAAGCCAUUCUUCGGGUGGCUGAGCUGUCCUCAGAUGACUUUCAUUUAGACCGGCAUUUGUAUUUUGCUUGCAGAGAUGAUCGGGAGCGUUUUUGUGAAAAUACACAAGCUGGUGAAGGCAGAGUGUAUAAGUGCCUCUUUAACCAUAAAUUUGAAGAAUCCAUGAGUGAAAAGUGUCGAGAAGCACUCACAACCCGACAAAAACUGAUUGCCCAGGAUUAUAAAGUCAGUUAUUCAUUAGCCAAAUCCUGUAAGAGUGACUUGAAGAAAUAUCGGUGCAAUGUGGAAAACCUUCCUCGGUCCCGGGAAGCCAGGCUUUCCUACCUUCUAAUGUGCCUGGAGUCAGCUGUACACAGAGGACGACAAGUAAGCAGCGAGUGCCAGGGGGAGAUGUUAGAUUACCGCCGCAUGCUGAUGGAAGACUUCUCCUUGAGCCCUGAGAUCAUCUUGAGCUGUCGAGGGGAGAUUGAGCAUCACUGUUCUGGAUUACAUCGGAAAGGGCGAACCCUGCACUGCCUGAUGAAAGUUGUUCGGGGGGAGAAAGGAAACCUUGGAAUGAACUGCCAGCAGGCGCUGCAAACACUGAUUCAGGAGACGGACCCUGGUGCAGAUUACCGCAUUGAUCGAGCUUUGAAUGAAGCUUGUGAAUCUGUAAUACAGACAGCCUGCAAACACAUACGAUCUGGAGACCCAAUGAUCCUUUCAUGCCUGAUGGAACAUUUAUACACAGAGAAAAUGGUGGAAGAUUGUGAACACCGACUCUUAGAGCUGCAGUAUUUCAUCUCCCGGGACUGGAAGCUGGAUCCUGUCUUAUACCGCAAGUGCCAGGGAGAUGCUUCUCGUCUUUGCCACACCCACGGUUGGAACGAGACCAGUGAACUUAUGCCUCCCGGAGCUGUGUUCUCUUGUUUAUAUAGGCACGCCUACCGCACUGAGGAGCAGGGAAGGAGGCUCUCCCGGGAGUGCCGAGCUGAAGUCCAAAGGAUCCUACACCAACGUGCCAUGGAUGUUAAGCUGGAUCCUGCCCUCCAGGAUAAGUGCCUCAUUGAUCUGGGGAAAUGGUGUAGUGAGAAAACAGAGACUGGGCAGGAGCUUGAGUGCCUCCAGGACCACCUGGACGACUUGGCCGUGGAGUGCAGAGACAUAGUGGGCAACCUCACCGAGUUGGAGUCAGAGGAUAUCCAAAUAGAAGCCUUGCUGAUGAGAGCCUGCGAACCCAUAAUUCAGAACUUUUGCCAUGAUGUGGCAGAUAACCAGAUAGACUCUGGGGACCUGAUGGAGUGUCUGAUUCAGAACAAACACCAGAAGGAUAUGAACGAGAAAUGUGCCAUUGGAGUUACCCACUUCCAGCUGGUGCAGAUGAAGGAUUUUCGGUUCUCUUACAAGUUCAAAAUGGCUUGCAAGGAAGAUGUGUUGAAACUUUGCCCCAACAUAAAGAAGAAGGUGGAUGUGGUGAUUUGCCUGAGCACCACUGUGCGCAAUGACACUCUACAGGAAGCCAAGGAGCACAGAGUGUCCCUGAAGUGCCGCAAGCAGCUCCGUGUGGAGGAACUGGAGAUGACAGAGGACAUCCGGCUGGAGCCAGAUCUGUAUGAAGCCUGCAAGAGUGACAUCAAGAACUACUGUUCCACAGUGCAGUAUGGCAACGCUCAGAUUAUUGAAUGUCUGAAAGAAAACAAGAAGCAACUGAGUACCCGUUGCCACCAGAAAGUAUUUAAGCUUCAGGAGACAGAGAUGAUGGACCCAGAACUAGACUACACACUCAUGCGAGUCUGCAAGCAGAUGAUAAAGAGGUUCUGUCCAGAAGCAGAUUCUAAAACCAUGUUACAGUGCUUGAAGCAAAAUAAAAACAGUGAAUUGAUGGAUCCCAAAUGCAAACAGAUGAUAACCAAGCGCCAGAUCACCCAGAACACAGAUUAUCGCUUGAAUCCUGUGCUAAGGAAAGCCUGUAAAGCUGACAUUCCUAAGUUCUGCCAUGGUAUCCUGACCAAGGCCAAGGAUGAUUCAGAGCUAGAAGGCCAAGUCAUCUCUUGCCUCAAACUGAGAUAUGCUGACCAGCGCCUAUCUUCAGACUGUGAAGACCAGAUCCGCGUCAUCAUCCAGGAGUCUGCGCUCGAUUACCGCCUUGACCCUCAGCUACAACUGCACUGCUCAGAUGAGAUUGCCAGUCUUUGUGCUGAAGAAGCAGCAGCCCAGGAGCAGACAGGUCAAGUGGAGGAGUGCCUCAAGGUCAACCUGCUCAAGAUCAAAACAGAAAUGUGUAAGAAGGAAGUGUUAAACAUGCUGAAGGAAAGCAAAGCAGACAUCUUUGUGGACCCCGUUCUUCACACAGCGUGUGCCCUGGAUAUUAAACACCACUGUGCAGCUAUCACCCCUGGCCGUGGGCGUCAAAUGUCCUGCCUAAUGGAGGCCCUGGAGGAUAAGCGGGUGAGGUUACAACCUGAGUGCAAAAAGCGCCUCAAUGACCGAAUCGAAAUGUGGAGUUAUGCUGCAAAGGUGGCCCCAGCAGACGGCUUCUCUGAUCUCGCCAUGCAAGUGAUGACAUCCCCGUCAAAGAACUACAUCCUUUCUGUGAUCAGUGGGAGCAUCUGCAUAUUGUUCCUGAUUGGCCUGAUGUGUGGACGGAUCACCAAGCGAGUGACACGAGAGCUCAAGGACAGGUAGAGCCUCCUUGACCACCAAAGGAACUACCUGCCCAGUGCCCAGUCUGUACAGCCUCCUGUAUAGUGUACCCUCACCCGAGAGGUGGCACCAUCACCCACGGUAGAGCAGCAGCAGGUGCCCACUGCAUUGUCCCGUCCAGACCUGGCCACGUCCACGGUAUCCUCCUCCUCCACCACCAUCUGCAGCAUCAGCAACUGGCCGCUUUGAUGGUUGCCAUUGUUGGCAAACUUGGGUUUACCUGCCUGUACACACGUCUCUGUCUCAUUCUCUCUCUCUCUCUCGUACCAACGGGACUACCGACGACUUCCAGAACCAACUCACCUGACCUGCAACUCAAAACACUUUUUUUAAAAAACCACCAAAAAAAAAAAAAAAGGAAAGAAAUUUUUAAAGAAAGAAAAAAAUGUACAUAGUAACACUUGUCCUCCUCCAGGCUUGACUUGGGCAGCAGGGUUAUUUCUUCCCUGUAACUGUGUCAAAGGCAGGACUUGGAGGGGAUGCACACCCCAGCACGCCAUCACUGAGAGUCUGCCUCAUCUCCCAGAAGCAUUUUCGGGCUGGAUCAGAAGCAUCUUUGGGCUAGAUCAGGACUUCACCGGGGACUGGAAAACCACUAACCAGCCUCUUUGGGGCCGGUGGAUUCUGCUGAAGUAGUGACACCUUCCAGCUCCUGCCCAAAAUGAGCUGCUACUGGUCAAGUCCCACAGCCAGGGGUGUUUCUGUGAUCUCCUCACCUGGCACAGUAAGCCAUGAGCCUUGGGGAGGGCAGCCAGGCUCUCCUGGGUCAGAGGUCCUUGGAGCAGGACCAUCCACUGAUCUGCACUGAGAGGCUGGAUUCUGAGUCCACACAGCAGGACCCCAUCAGCUUUCUCCUCCAGGUGGUGCGGACUGUCACCUCUACGUUGACCGCCAAGGGGCCAUCACUCCAGAAGUUCUCUUCUCCAGGAGGCAGUGACUGAGGAGAGGGGUCCUGUCAGACUGGGGUUGGGGCAGGAAGGAGGAACAGCGAUCUGACUCACCUGGCUUUAUUUUUCAGGCUACAAUGCAGGUCAGACAGUGGCUUAUAAAGAUUUAGCAAGGCCUCAGGGUGUGACUGACCAUCCAGCCUGGCCUUUCUGCACGCUCUAGGCGAACUUCCCAGGCAAGCUCCUCUGCCUCUGCGUGAAGGGGUGUGGAAAGUGAUUACAUUAAAAGAUGGAGGAUUUUCUCCGUUCUUUUUUCUGUCCAUUUGCUGCGUGUUCCCACUGUAGUAGGCACUGGCUAAAUGUGGUAUUCCGGUGACUCAUCAGCUUUCCAGAAUCUGAAGCUUUACAGGAGCAACACUGCUGCCCGUUCUCCCUUGUUGCUGCAGUGUGGAGCUGACAGGUGUUGGGCGGAGGAGGAGGAGCCCAGACGUCAAGGUUCAGCCAGGCUUUCCAAGCUUGGGGCCUGGCGUCACGGCGGCUGCGUAGGAGGGCAGCAUGUACAGUAGGAGAUAUAUUUAUAUAAUAUAUAUUUUAUUAACCUGUUAGAUGUCCACAGAGUAUUAUAAAUCACGUGCCUAAAACUGUCCACGUAGACCGAGGCCCCCUCGCGGCGCCCUUCCUCCGCCUGCCUCCUUCGCGCUGUUGAGUGCCGCAGUUCCUGAGUGACAUUGUCUUCCCUGAAGUGUGUUCGGUGCGAGCCGUGUCAGUUGCAGAUCACCGAUCCAGAUUCCUCCUUGUCUAACCUAACUGACCUACAUUUGAAUACUGUGGUUUUGUUCCUUUUCUUUUUUCCUUUCCUGGAGGAACUGGGUUCCACAAGCCGGCUUAUGUUCCCUGCCUAGAGUAAUACAGAUCUCCAGAGGAAGCUGCUAAGCUGCUUGGACCCGUCCCCUCAGUCCUGCUCUUAAGGUCUUCUGAUUCCCAGCAGCUGUCCUGGGAUUCUUGAAGAUACCUGCAGUGUAAGCAGCUGACACCCACCUCAUGCUGCCAGCUAAGCUGAGCUGGUCCAGAGGAUCCCUCCCUCAGGACUGAGGCUUGUUAUCCAGAACUGGGGCCAUCGUGGACACAGGCCCCCCUGCACAUCAUGUGGUUGCGGGACAGGGUUAGUACCCACUGUUAGCCUGGGGUGGGUAUCACUCCCAUCCCUGCAGCUUCCUUCCCAAUAUAUGGAGAACAUCCUUGUGGUUCUAGUCUCUCAAUAUUCUUUCUGAAUUGACAGAAAACCACAUUAGUUGUCUGCAGCAGAUUUGGAGAUCUGAUGAGUUUGGUUCUUUAAACAUUUGUCAUUUUUAGAAAUGUCCAGAAUAAGGCCAGGCGUGGUGGUGAAUGCCCAUAAUUCCAGCUACUGGAAGACCAAGGUGAGGAGGACCACAAGUUCAGGCUAACCUGAGCAAUUUAUCUAGACCCCAUCUCAGACAUGAAAAGGGCUGGCAGGGUAGCCCUUGAUGGAGAGCCCUUGCCUAGCUUGUCUUUGAGGCCCUGAGUUCAAUCCCCAGAACUGUUAAAAAAAAAAAAAGAAAGAAAGAAAAGAAGAAAUAGGAGGACUAUUGUUUUCUUCAGGUAUCUUCAGUUGCUUGUUUCAAGGGAGUCUUCCUCAUCCUCCUUGGGAUGGUUUUCUGUGCCUGGCUCUUGAGAGUCCCAUACCCAGUCUUAGAGCAAGUUUUUCUAAGUCCAGGGAACCCAGUGCCAUCUGCACUUGCCCACUCAGUACCUCAUUUGGCAUAACAGCAAGUUCGGGGACAGCUCUGGCUGUAUGGGUCCCUCAUGGGUAUAAAUAAACUAGUUGAGGACUAGUCAAGAAGAGGAACCUGGCCCUACCACAGGAGCCGGUGAUGAACUCUAGCGUUUAUCUCUUCCAAUAUAGAGCCCAUGAACAAACAUGUAAGAAGCAGAAGCAUUUGGGACAAGGCCCCAGGCAGUUGACAGAAAUGACAGCAGCCAGGUCACACCAGUGUCUCACUCUCAGACACAGUGCUCCAACCCUCCUGGGGAGCCAGGAGCCUGGGCUGGAGGCACCGUGGUCUGGAGGUCAGAUCUGGACAGAAUGCCCAAAACAAGACUCCACACCUUUUAAGACUUUCUCCCACGCCUGAGACGGUUCCUUACCUUGGUGUGUCCCUGGACUUACCUGCUGUGACUGCUGUCCCAAGGCAGGUCUGCUGGCAAGAAGCACUGACAGGGGAACCAUACCAAAGGCUUGGGUGCACUCUGGGGAAAGCCCUCAUCCUCUGUACUCGCAGGAGACCCUCUGGUUCCCUGCGCCCAGCCCCAGUUCUGUGGGUCCAGUCGACUGGCCUGAGCCAGUGCCCGUGCAUCCUCAGGAGGCAGGGGGCCUCUAGGACUCUGGACGAACCCACAUUCAUGAGCUGUGUGCUAUGGACUCCUUGCACACCCUGGCAAUCUCGUCCUGCGCUCACUCCCCUGGCAGCCCAGCGGGUAGGAGGGUGUGGGGACAACUCUGCUUUGAGGAGCUGUGGUAGAAAGGUACUCUUAGAAUCCCGUGUCUUCCUGUUUCCUGAGGUCACCUGAUAGAAGAAUCCAAUGGCAAGGAUGCUGACAUUUUUAUUUUAUCAGAUAGAUUGGUAAGGGAAUUAAGUGGCUGAUGUCCCUCAACCUUCACAAGAGAAGAUUCACUCUUGUAUAUCAAUGCAACUUCUGGAACUAUCUCCAUCCUCUCCACCUUCAGGAUAAUAAUACCACUUCUGUCCCAAAGAUCUCCCUAUUAGUCAUGGGCUUCCUUUCCUAGCUGAUUUCCGGUCCCUCCAAGAUGAGACCUUCCCCUCCCCCUUCCCCAUCACAAGACUUCACCUCUGGUGGAUCUCAGUGAGAGGACGGGAAAGCAGGCUGGACUGGAGCCCCGCAGAAGUCAUCCAUUCCUGCCCAGCACCAGCACCCUAAAUUGUGACCGUAGAACCAAAAGAAGGGUGUGGUUUUUUAAUCUUGUGCAUUUUGAAACUUUCACUUUUAUUUGAGCUUCUUAGGAGUUUUAAAAAACUCAGCUCCCAGUCUCUCCGUUGCUCACCAUUGAAUACACCGGAGUAAUUUUACAAUAUGCAGCGCCCUCGUGUCCAUCGUUGUUUUGGGCCUUCAAGGUACUUCUCUCCUGUCCCCUCUCCACCACUUGGCCUUGGUUCCCAAAGGGACUGGAGCAAGAUCUGGUGUUCUGGACUUCCCCUCUCCAUUUGUCUUUGAUUUGCCAUCCAUCUAGCUCCACUCCCCCUCGUCACUCCACUAGGGAGGACCAGGCUACCUGUGAGGGCAGUCAAGUUUGAAGAUGAAUCCCGCUUCCUUUCCAGACCUCAGACAACCUGUGAGUCUUAAACCCAGAUUGAACUUCAGGGUGACAUGCUCCCCCAGGCCAUUCGGUAAGACUGGUGUGGGGACCUGCCUAGAGCACAGAGAUGGAUCAGUCUGCACAGAUUGGUGGUGGUGAGGUCCUGGCGGGUGUCUCCUCUCCCCUUCCCUCCUCUGCCAUCCUCCAGGACAAUGGGCCUGCACAGUGGAGAGACCCAGGUGAGGAAGAGGUGUGGACAGUGCCUGUGUUGUUUGCCUUCCCCCCAGUGUAGAGCCGACGCCUGGACCUCCCUCCACCAGGCAUGCAGGGUGGUGUUGGAACAGGUCCCCAGUCACACUGGUGCCCUGGGCAGCAGGCUUCACAAGUGGCUGCCCCCAGCUCAAAGCCCCCAGGAUGGUCCUCCCAGGAGGACAGACCACGGCAGUGCUGUGUGAGAUCUUAGGCCUCAACUUUUUUUUUUUUUUUUUUUUUUUGAAAGAAAGAAAGAAAAGUACAAUUAACAAGCCUCUUUUGUAAAUGGGUUUCCUUUCUAUGUAUAAAAUUCUGGCAGUUCCUUGUUUUUACAUGUUCAUGCUGUGUAAUUUUGAGAUGUUACUGAGAUUCUGAACAUAAUGUGCAUUUUUUUCUGUACAGAUGAAAUGGGAGAAUUUAAUAAAGAGUUUGCAGGUUUGUACUUGUUAAA